UGCCAGCCCUGGCGAUCCUGUGUCAGCCCUUGCGACCCUGUGUCAGCCCUGGUAAUCACACGUAUUAAUAAACCUCUCCCUAGAAGACUUGGCAAUAGAGUUGUAAGAGGUGUUGGAACAGUCACUCUUCAGGAUCAAACCACUUAAGAUCAGGAUGAGGGACUGAUUACAUCAAACUACCUCUCCACUUCAUCUUCCACCCUUGCUGAUGUUUCCGUAAUCGACUGAUGAAGCCUACAGCGCAGGUGAAAUGUUUCGCCAAUAAAGACUCCUGUUACCCAUGUGUCUCACUCUUCAGCUGUAAUGGAUAUUUGGGGUCUGCAGGGAAGGGCACAACAGCAACAGCAACAGCCUGGUCAACCAGACAACCAACAGAUGACACCCGGAUCGCCAUGGCAGUGACCUCCAUCGAAGACACUGCGAGACUCCAAGCGGUUUGCAACAAGGCUAGUUCCGGAGCUCAGGGCAUUUCUUUUCAACACCAGCCAUCUCCCAUCACGGUAGGGUGCCACGAAAAAGAAGAAAUGCUUUCAUCAUCACUCGCUCCACACCGUCUUGCCAGAGGCACGCCAAUACUACAGUUUGGAUACCCCUCCAAAGUGCAACAUUUCCACCCCUCCAGAGUGCAGGCACUGUACUUCCCACCUCCAAGACUAAGUCUGGGUAACCAGUUUCCCUGGAUUCCGUCGUAAAUGUUACUAAGCUCACAUUCUAACAGCGCAUCAAGGCAUUACAACCACUUGCUUCCAUUCACUCCUAUCUAACAUACUCACACAUAUCUAUUGGAUGUCCUAACCCCUCAUAUGCAAAACCUUUACCCCCUUCCCUGUCCUGCCUUCUCCACUAUAGAUUUAUAUACCCUCCAAGUCAUCCUAUUUUGCUUCAUCCUCUCUAAAUGUCCAUACCACCUCAACAGCCUUUUUGCAGCCCUCUGGAUAAUACUUUUAGUACCACCGCACUUUCUAAUAUCCGAACUUUGAAUUCUCUGCAUAAUAUUCAUAUUACAUAUUGCCCUCAGAUAUGACAUCUCUGCUGCCUCCAGCCUCCUCCUCGCUACACCAUUUAAGUGUUGGUACCACUAUUCUCUCAUACAUUUUCCUCUUUGCCCACAGUAUAUAAAGUAUUUAACAUAAAGAAGCAUUUGAAAAUAUACAUGAAGAAUAAACCAAAGCCUUUAAUCAUCAAGAGAUUAUGGUACAACUUUUAAUGAGGAAUAGCUAGAUAGAAAGGCAAAAAUACAGCAUGAGGAACUGAGAAUUAUUGUUAUAUCUAAAAUAUUAAUUGCAAACAAGAAUGGAUUAUCAACUUAUUAAAGGAAGAAUGACUAUAAAAGAGAUCCUGAUGACCUAUGGCCUUGGCAAAGAGUAAACAUACUGUUAUUUGGGGAAAAAUCUGGAAUAUACAGUAAAAUAUAGAUGUUUAGUAGUUUAUAAGAAUUAUUUUUUAUUUUAAAAUUAAGGAGAAGUAAAGGGUAAAUAUUUGAUACCAUUAUUAAAAAAAAUAUGUACAAGUUACAUAGUACAGAAUGGUAAUUUCAUACCUGAAAAUUACAUAUAUGGAAACCUUUUCUUAAUUACAUUGGAAUACAUGUAUUAGGAGUGUAUUUAUAUGUAUUUUGUGUAUUUAUAUGUAUUUGUCUUAAGUACAGUACAUACUACAAAACCUAUGCAUCUAUGAAAGUAGCUAUCUAGAUAAAUUAUAUUAACCAUCUUACCAGUGAACUAUACAGAACUUGUGGCAUAUACAGUAUUAUACUGGAUGCACUUUCCAUCAAUUCCAGGGCAGUGAAAUAAAGCUAUUACAAUACACUAAUACUGUAUUUUAGCCACAAUAAAGGGCAUAACCAGAAAAAAGUAAAAUACAGCAUGGUAAUUCUUUUUAAAUGUUUAGAUCUCCAUCAAGCAAAAAACAGUAAAUACAGUACAGUCAUUGAACUAUUAGUCUGUAAUCACUUAAAUAUCUCUGCCUAUCUGGAAUGAAUUAAUUGUUUAAUGUCUAAAUAUUCUGAGCAUUAUUUUUCUCAGUAUAUCAUUGAUCAUAAGGUAACACUGACUCUGCCAUGUUUCCAUAAUAAAACCUUCAUUUUACUUAAUUCGAAUAAAAUUCCACAAAUACAUCAUAACACAGUACAGUAUAGUAAUAUUGUUAGAUGUGAUAUACGACAUUUAAAGGUGAUUUUUAUAUGAGAACUGUUACCAUUCCUAUGUUUACAGUUUAAUAUAUAUUACAAUGCCUGAAUACAUAAAACAUUAUUAACAUAAUAAUACUGUUCUGUACUUUUUAUAAGAAUGAUGAAAUAAAGAUUGUCUUUUGGCUGAGAAUACAUGGUAAUUCUUUUUUAAACUUUUUGUUUUUUAUUUUAGUGCUUAUUAAAUGCCAGAGCUCCUCUUUUUUGAAAUGAUACAAAAAAAAAAAAAAAAAAUGGCAAUAUUUUCUUCACCAAGUCAUCUAAUUCUACCAUACUGGUAAUUAACUAUUUUAACUUGAAUAUGCCUUCUUGGGAAAUUAAA